UUACACUGAUACUCACGGAACAAUAGUAAUGCGUAUGGUGAAAAAUAAUAGCAUUGAACAAUGCAAUGUACCCGGAGGACCGAGCAUGCAUCUACGACUUGUUUUCUCGAAUGGAACUGUUCGUCCACUAGAUUUCGAAUUUCCUGUGAAUAAAUGGAAUUAUUGUCCGACUGACUGGAUUUAUGUGCUUUUGAUCGAUCCAAAUCUUAUUCUGUUGAAUUAUUUUAAUUUCUCGGAUAUCGAACCUGCAAAGGAUGGUGUUUAUCAAGAGAAUGGUGUUUUUGUAGAUUAUUGGGGAAAUAUUAAAAAUACUUUUCGGCUUGGUUUUGGAUCACCGUACAGCAGAAGAGUUACAGCUGGAUUUAUUCCUUCAGAUGGGAUAUUAAGAACAUACCUACUACCUAAUGGGAGUAUAGGAUGGAACAGAUUCACAAACCCUGAUGAAAACGGCCAACUAUCGGAUAAUGGGGUAGGUUUAUUCUACAACAAAUCCAAAAAUGAAAAUAUCACCGACAGUAGAGCAUUCAAUUUAAUUGAUGGAGGAUUUGGCUGCGUUAUGGUCGUCCAAUCGAUGACUCAAAGUAUGGUGGACUUGCAUGAUUCUUUUGCGCAAUGGAAUGUAUAUAUAUCAUUUUUGAGAUCUGGCAGCUCGAGUGCAACACAACCUUUUAUUUAUUAUCAGACACCAUUACAAUUCACAAACCUGGAUGUUACACGAUGCGCAAUAAUAUUUGAUGGAACUGGAAAUGAAUGUCUUAUGACAACAUCCAUGAAUCGGAAUAUAUCUAUAGAAGCUCAGAAUAAUACUACAACGUAUACAAAUAUCACAGUUGGUAAUAAUUCUAAUAAUUCGAGCACAGAUAACACAACAUUAAUAGAUCCGAAUAAACCUGUUAUAACGAUUUCAAGUAUUCAUUUUGGAAGUCAAGGCCUUGUGACUGCCAUUCAAAUAUUAGAUGUUGAUAGUCAAAUCAGAGUUUUUGAUUUCUUAUAUCCACUUUUCUAUGGUGGAUAUGCUACAUCGGGAACAGUAAAUGAUACAACACGUGGUGAUAUGCUGGAUAGUUUUGGCAGUUCAAUAGAACAAUGGAGUUUUGAAACAUUUACGAAUCAUUCAAAUAUGUUUCCUUUGACGAAUACUAUAUGGGCUGCAAAAAAAGACUCACUAGCAGCUAGAAAUUGGACGAUAUUUACAAAAAAAUUUCCAAAACUAAAAGCUGCAAAUGCUGAUGAUCGUUAUCGAAAUCCAAAUAUCGACACAACAUUUCCAACAAUUGGAGCUGUUAUUCCAUCUAAUAUAACACAAAUAUGCAUCACCUAUGACGAACCUGUCUUUUUGUCAUCUGGUAAUAUCACUAUAUAUCAAGAAGGCCAAUCUGGAUCAGUUGAUAUUUUUCGUCAAGGAGUAAAUCAAUUGUCGCAAAAUUUCCAAAUUACCAUCCAAGAUAAAAACGUCUCGAUUCCUGUUUUGGACUCUACUUUUAAUGUUCCAAAUGCUACUUAUUAUGUGAUUGUUGAUACAAAUUUCGUUCGAAACUCUGAUACUGGUGAAGCAUUACUUGGAAUGAACAAAGAAAGUUGGCGAUUUACUACCGAACCAUUUAAAACUGGUGGAGUUGAUAAAGGUGCUAAUAGACAAUCGGGAAUAAUUCGAUUAACACCUGAGGCUACAAUAAUAUUUAAGAACUUAUCAAAGAGUAAUUCUUCCGUAUAUGAAGAUAUGUUGAAUGAGCUCGCAAGUGCUAUUCCAAUCUCACGCAAAAGACUCGACAUAAAGAAAAAAUAUCAAAUUAUUGAUGAUCAAAUUCUUCUCCGGAUAACCGUUCUACCUUCAGAAAAUGAUUACGAAAACAGCGUAAAAAAGGUUGUGAGUAACUUAAAAACUCUCAUCAAAUAUAAAGAUAUCACGUCUUUUUCAAGAUAUAAUUAUACCGAUUGGCUGGAUAGUAGUUAUGGUUUCCAGGAAACAAGUGAUAUAUGGGCGAAGUAUAAAGUUAUGUUUAUUAUAGCAAUCGUUGACCUUUUUUUUAUUGCUAUUGUAUAUUUUAUGGCAUGGCGUAAGAAUAAAAAGGGUCAAAAUAUUGUCAUUAUUACAAGUGCAUUGAUUCUACAAGAUAUUAUUUUCGAUUUUGCAUUUGUAAUAUUUAAUAGUAAAGACGUAUCAGGACUUUUUAUUCCCAGUUUGCUCACACUAAUAAUUCCGAUAGUCAUGAAUUGUGCCGUUGCUUUCUAUAUAAUACUCUCGGAAAAUUCACGAAACGACAAGUUUAAUUCCUGGUUUCGAAAGUAUCCACAAAUUGCUGCAGCGUCCACUUUGUUCGCGAGUGGCGAUAUCGUUAUAUUGCGUGUACUUACUUCUCAAGUAGGCGGCCUGCAAAUCUUUUCUGCAACGUUUUCUGAACGUGCCGAGACCGUUAUAUUUAUAACGAGCAUGUUGAAUUUGCUUAUUGAGGAUAUUCCACAGUUUAUUAUACGGUUGUACUUUUGGCAAAAUACUGUCAAAUACGAUAUAAUUCCAUUGAUUGCAUUAUGGACUAGUGCGUUAAUCUUAUUGAAUACUUUCAUUAUUCAACUAUGUCAUUGUGUAAUACAAUGUCGGAAAGGGCGAGGAUUGAAUGCCAAGUAUAGCGUAGCGAAUAGUGGUGAUGCAACUGGAUCAGAACUCGGUGAGGACAAAUAUAACAUAUACAUGUAA